CCAGUGCGCCUCUGACCCACCGUUCGCACGGCCGUCUGCUGCGCGCUCGGAGCGCGGACCCCGGUUGGCACGGUUUUUGCAACCAAGAAGUGAAUUGGAAACCCCUCAUGCCGAGUAUCCCACAGUGGUGCUGAGCACCGAAACAAAGACCCUGCCCUUUUUUAUUGAUUGGGUUUACCAGGACUUUCAAGAAGAUGCCGAAGCUGAACGGGGUGGUUCCAACGUUGCUGGAUGGCCUCCGGGAAAAGUUGGAUCUGUACCUGGCUUGCUCGAAAUGCAGCCUGCAGGAAAAUGAGAUUACGUAUAGUCUGAAGGAGGUGGAACACAAAUGCAUGAUGGAAAUCCUCCUCGCCAGAAAGAAAGGCUCCAAAGGGAAAUCCUGGCGGAAGGUCGGCAGGAGGCCUGGCUUUCCCACACCAGCCAGGUAUGACAUUUGUAGGUAUUACGUCGCAGGCUCAGGCUGCCGAAGGCAUAGGAAUCACUGCACCUUUGCUUGGAGCCGGGAAGAGGUGGUGGUGUGGACGUUUGAAAAGCAGACCGGCAUGGAGAGGCACGUUCUGAAAAUGCUUGUGCGGCAGGCUCAAACCGGCGUUCUUGUGAACGGCCUUUCAAAGCCUGUGAAAGACAGCAGCUCGGAGGAAAUCCGGAGCGAGUUUGGAGGCUAUUUCCAGGAGAUCUGCGGGCUGUGCUUCUAUCAGAGUCCCCCAAAGAUCUCCUCUAAGGACUCGAAUCGGAUCUGUGCCCAACACUGGAAAGCACUUCUGGUCCACGUGAUUACCAACGGCAAGAUGAAGGAGCAAUACACAGAAAUCCGGCCUCGCCCAGCGAACAUAGAGAAACUGAGCUACUGCAUGUUUGUUUCUACCGGGAGGGCGUGCAAGCAUGGGGUAAAGCGGUGCAACUACGCGCAUAGUGAUGUGGAAAUGGCUGUCUGGGAGGCAGAGCAGAAAUGCGGCUUAGCACGUGCAGACCUUCUGCCCCCUUCGGUGGACCGCAAGCAAGAAGAACUCCCCGCGCAGCCUGAAGUCCACUUCUACUGCAAGGUGUGCCUGGUGACCUGUGAUUCUCAGGAGAGCUUCGAGAACCACUGCUCCUCGGUGGAGCACUCACAGAUGAUUGCCACUGACGCCAUGGCCCAGUGGAAACACCGCGCCCCUCCCUACGGCCUGAGGAAGUUUGCACUGUGUGGACGAGGUGAGAUCUGUGAAUACGGGCAGGAUUGCACUAAGGCCCAUUCCACCGAAGAGCUCGAAGAGUGGAUCCAGAGGGCAAAAGUGGCAGAGAAAAAUAAGGAGUCUGCCAGGGAAGGUGGCCUCCUCUCUUACCAGGACCGGCUUCUUGCGGAAUACAGGCAAAGCCACAAUGAAGUCUUAAUCAUUUCGGAACAGAUUGAUGGUGUGACAGUUACCUGCCAGCAGCCGCUACAAGUGCAGUCGGAGGAUAAGAAAAUGCGAUACCAAUGGGUUUUCCAGGUUCAUUCCCAGAAGCCGCUAAUGCACGUGGCUCUGUUGAAGAGAGUCCCUGGAGCCAACUUCUUCCUAGCAGGGAACGGGCUCUCUCGGGGUCUUUCCUACGCCUCAGGAGAAAGAUUCAAGUCCUUGCCUACGUCUCCACCAGUUUCUGAGAUACGGGUGUGCGUGGAGUGCUGUACUUUCGGUGUUUACGAGCAGUGGCUAGUGUUUGACUUUGGCAGCCGUCCGGUGUUGGUCCGAAAGCUGCAAGCGAAGAUUGGCAAAAAAGAAGCCCACUGGCACAUGGAUCCGGCGGCACAGCAAAGCAGCCAAUUUGUGGACUUUGAACGCUGGCACAGUGGCAACCGGGUGGUGGUGCCCAGUGUGCAACGCACCAGCAAGGAGAUGGAACUGCUGGCCAAAUAUAAGAUCCCAUCGCUCUCCCUGGAUUUCCAGCGUGGUGCCGAGGGGAAGACAAUCACCCGCUUCAACUACCGCGAGCAAAUGCACAACUUCCUGUUCAGGGAGGAAGAGGCGGAGCAAGCUCUUAUCACGAAGCUUAGCUUGCAAGUUGCUGCCUCUCUUCAGACGAUGUUGUCGACCCCCAUUGGAGCGCAGUUUGCUCUCCCAGGUGACCUGUAUGCUCACGUCCCCACUCCUUGCGCUGUGACUUACGACUCCAAGGAGGGGUACUUGCUUCACCGCUCCGUCAAAACUGCCUUCCUGGCAUUGGAUCCUCCCACCAACCACCGCGUCUAUGAGGUUACAGUCGAGAGCAAAGCCAUCACCGAGAGGAGCAUCUGGCUUCUGCUCCCCAAGCGUUGCUGCUUCGAGCUGGGCCUCAAAACCGAGACGUCCGCCAAGGUUGAAGUUCAGUUCCAAAUUGACCUGCUCCAGUUUCGGCAGUGGCAUUAUGCCGCAGAUCAGCUCUUGGAUGUGCGGCUGGUCCUGCCUGACGUGGCUGCCUGUUCCAUUCCACGACCUCUUGAGCAGGCGCAGCUGCAGAAUGGCAAUAAGAAACAGAAGCAGGCCUUCUCCUUCAUUACUGGGCAGGCGCUUGGGACCCGGCAAGUGCCCCCCCUCCUGAUCUAUGGGCCUUUCGGGACCGGGAAGACCUUCACCUUGGCCAGGGCCACCCUGGAGAUCAUCAAGCAACCUCAAGCACGUGUCUUGAUUUGCACCCACACCAACAGUGCAGCUGAUAUCUAUAUUCGUGAAUACUUCCACGAGUACGUUAUAUCCGGACACCCGGAGGCCAUCCCGCUCAGGAUAAUGUAUAGUUCAAGGAGCGUAAAACCAACCGACCCCACCACGCUGCAAUAUUGCUGCCUCUCCCCCAACCGAGAUUCCUUUCGCCUCCCUUCCAAGGAAGAACUCCAUCGCCACAAGAUUGUUAUCACCACCGCAAUGCUUUCCCAGGACCUUGGGGUACCUGCUGGGUACUUCAGCCACAUCUUGAUCGAUGAAGCCGCCCAGAUGCUGGAAUGCGAAGCUCUGGUCCCGCUGUCCCUUGCCACUUUGCAGACCCGCAUUGUCCUAGCGGGAGACCAUAUGCAGAUGACCCCGCAGCUCUUCUGCCUGCAAGAGGGAGAGCAGCCGGCGGACCACACGAUCCUGAAUCGUCUCUUCCAGUACUACCAGAAGGAAAAGCAAGAAGUGGCCAGAAAUAGCAGGAUCAUCUUCAACGAGAACUAUCGCUCCGCUGCCAGCAUCAUCGACUUUGUCUCCAGGCACUUCUACGUCAGCAAGAAAGAUGCCAUCCACGCCAUGGGAAAGAUCCCUCCUCACCCGGAGUUCCACCCGCUCAUGUUCUGCCACGUGGCUGGCUCUGCUGAACGGGACAUUUCAAAGACAUCCUGGAUCAACACGUCGGAGAUCAUGCAAGUCAUCGAGAAAGUGCAAGAGAUGAGUGAGAAGUGGCCGGAUGAAUGGGGAAAGCCCGAUCUCAAGAGGAUGUGUGUGGUCUCCUAUGGAAUGCAGGUGAUGGCAAUCCGGCAGGAGCUGAGGAAGAGGCACCUGAGCGAAGUGAUGGUAGAAAGUUACGAGAAUCUACCAGGCAAGGAGUUUCGCUUAAUUAUCAUCAGCAGCGUCCACACCAAGGAAAGUCUCGGUAGCAUCGACUCCCCCAACUUGGCUUUCUUCAACGACGCACGGGUGCUGAACACAAUCAUGACGAGAGCUCAGUCACAGGUCAUUGCUGUGGGAGACGCGGUGGCAUUGUGCUCUUAUGGCCAAUGCAGCAAGGUCUGGAAAAGUUUCAUCAAGGAGUGUAUAGAGAAGGGGACUGUGACUCCCAAGACCCUAACAUUGGAGGAGAUACGGCAAGCUGUGUGCGACAAGGCCGGCUGGAACAGGGAUAGCUCCGAGGCCGAAGAAGCAGAAGAAGAAAGCGACACCAGUUCUUGGUUCUCUAGUGUAGACAGCUUGAAUGUGGACGAUCCCAUCUUGCAGGAACUUUUGGAUGAGAACACUGACAUGGUUGUGACGGUCUCUGACGAAGGGCUGAUGAAUGUAAAGUCCGAGGCAUCUACUCCCCAAAACGGCAGGCAGGGCUAUGUCAACUUCUCGCACCAAAUCAUGACGAACUAUCUGCGCAUGCAGCCUAACUUGUACAAACGCUGCGAGUUCAUCAAGGAGGGUUUCGAUCGAGGUUCAGCCUUCACUUUGGACGAUGACCCGCCCUUGAGUAUCCAGAUCAAAGGCAGGGUUCACUGCGGAAUGGCCUUCACAGGGGACCAGGUCUUGGUGGCCAUCCAGCUGAACCAUGCGGCAACCUCUCCGCUGGAGGGCAAUUUAUACGGGAAAGUGGUUGGUGUCUUGAAGAAAGCUGAGAGGGAACGCACCUUUGUGUGCAUGAUGGACGAGUUUGAUCCUCGUGUCAUGAUCCCCAUCGACCACACGGUCACGAAAAUCUUUGUCCCUGGGCUGAAAGAUUUACCCGACGUCCUUCCCAUCCGCAAACUGGACAAAGGGGGGAAGAUUCGGCUGCAGAAAUGCAAGAAGAUAUCUCAGGAACUUAAGAAGAAAAGUCUUUUUGUUGUCCAAGUCAUCAACUGGCGGGAAGGCUUUUAUUACCCUCUGGGAAUUGUGACGGAAUUGCUGCCCAUGGCUUCGACACGGGAUGAAGGGCUGCGGAUCCUUGGCAUAGAAUACGGUCUCAAAAACCAAUACUCGGCUUCUGUGAAUAACGAGGUGGCCCAAUUCACCUCUGGGAAAUUCACAACUAUGAAAAGUAAUCGUAAAGACUGCCGGGGCUACCUUACCUUCACUGUUGACCCCCUGGGUGCUAGAGAUCUGGACGAUGCCAUCAGCAUCAGAGAUUUGGGUGAUAAAUACGAGAUUGGGAUCCACAUUGCCGAUGUGGCAUCCGUGAUUCCCAAAGGUUGCGCUCUAGAUACAGAAGCCAAGAACCGAGGUGCCACUUUUUACACUCCUGGGAAGGAGCCGGUGUGCAUGCUCCCAUCUCAGCUCAGUCAAGACCUCUGCAGUCUCCUUCCACAGAAAGACCGGCCUGUGAUCUCCCUCUUUGUUUUGGUGACCAAGACAUCUGACAAUGUAGUGGAUAUUCAGUUUAAUGUGUCCACCAUCUGUUCAGAUCGGCAGCUGACCUACGAGGAGGCGGAGGGCAUCAUUAAGAGCCAUUAUCGAGCAGAAGCACCGUCGCUUUGCUUUGACACCCUGGAAGAUUGUGUCGCGGUGGCGUACCAUUUCUCCCGAGCUCACCGGUUAGCCAGGCUCCAUGAAGACUGUUACUAUCAUCAACUGGAUGAAGACAGCUCCCUGGGCCAAAGAUGUUCUCACCAGAUGGUGGAGGAGUUCAUGGUCAUGUUCAACAGCUUUGUUGGGGAGUUCCUCACCACUAAAGACCCCACCAGAAGCUUAACUCCAGUGCGGUGCCAGAGUGAACCCAUCCCACAGCAGCUGGCUCAGAUGAGCAACAAAUACAAAGAUAUAAUCCCCCUGUCCAUCCAUCUCUCACACCAUCUGGGAGUUCAGACCUCUGGGGUCCAACGAAGGGUUGAUAAUAAGUUUGUUCUCCUGACUCCUCUGUGGGAUCAUCUGAAGUCAGCUGCCAAGGCCCACGAUUUCCCCAAGAUGCUUGAUCUUAUAACGACAGAUGAUAUCCACCCGAAACUGGCCCCUGUGAACUUGGAAUUUCGAAAGCUCCUGAGCCGUUCCUAUUUCAUUCGUUCCAACUCGGACGCCCAGUCCAAAGUAGGCCACUAUUCCUUGCAUGUGGACACUUACACGUGGGCUUCCUCUCCCAUCCGGCGCUACUUGGAUGUCGUGGUCCAGCGGCACAUUCUUUCUGUGCUCCUGAAGAACCCCGUGUUGUACUCCUCGGUAGACAUUGAGCUCCUUUGCCAUGACUUCAACCGGAAGCAUGGAAUGGCGGUAGCCUAUGAGAGGAAGGCGCAUUCUUUGGAAAUGGCGGCUCAGUUGAAGCGUCAAGUCCAGCAGAAGAUGGCUUUUGUGAUGCAUCUCGACGGGAUGGCCAAGAACUUCAAGGCCUUGUUUCCACUGAAUAGGGACACCCUUCCAGAUCCUCAUCUCAUCAACUACAGAGCUCUCCAGUUGGUAGAGCAGCCGUUUUUAAUUGAGGAGCGGAACAGUAUGAAGCUCACAUGGAAGAGAAGAAUCUACUCUCUAAGUACCAGCAAGGAAUGCAUCCCUAAAUCAUCAAUGCUGCGAGACAAUAGCGUCACCCUCUUCAGCACUGAAGUCUGGGGUGAUGUGCUAGAGGCUAUCAGAAACAAAGAUUAUGUGAAGGUGGCGUCUCUUCUUGAGACAGGCCUCAGCAAGCAAUUUAGAAAUGUGGGGAGGAUGGCGAGAAGCAGGUGCUCGCAUUAUGUAGAACUGUCCCUGGAGCUCAGUGCCGGAGACGUCUUGCGCUUUCAGCUCACGACAGGUGCCCAGCGGGGUUUCUUGGUGCCAUGUGUGCAACUGUGGACUGUGGCGCCAGGCUUUGAUGUGUGUCUGGAGCACACUGAGAAACCCAUCGACUGCUUUUCCAAAUACGCCACACAGGCUUCCAGGAAGCAAUAUAAGGACACCUCAGAGUACCGCAAAGUGUGGUUGCCUCUCUGCGACAUGGAAUCUGCUUCGUGCGCCGUGUCUGAAAAUGACCCAAUUGUCCUGUACGACGUCCUGAUACGCUGGGAGAAGCAGAGGACAAAGAAAGGUCAGCUCCAGGGGACGUUUUCCUUGACCAAAGAGUUCAUCAAGAAGUGUGCCAUUGAAGAAGAUUUCAGUCACCUCUACAUGUGUAUCCGCCUCGAAGGCCUGAAGCUCAACAAAUGCCAGAAUGACGAGGAGUCCCUUAGCCUCAGUCUCCAAAAUCUCUGUUUGACCAAGGAAAAUGCCGAGACUGGCAAAGUCAUGGUUGAUCCAGAUACGUACACUUGGGUGGCCCAUGGGCGUACCGAGGCAUUUGAGGACAAUGAGAAAUCUGAUCAGCGUGGUAAGCUGUUCGUGCGCUUCUACAUCAAUUUUAUGUCCAUGGAAAACAUCCCUGUUGAGAUCACCCAGAAUUACUGCACGUUCACCGUCGAGCUGAUUCCCAAGUCACUGCCGGAUAUCCGGAAAGAGGAAGCCCUUUGGAAACUGACACACGCGACUGAACUUGCGAAAAGCAUAGCGCUCGGCACGGAAAUUCCUAAGCAAAAAACUCAGAAAUCCAAACUCUUGACACGCAAAAGCUUUGAUCUUCCGGGAAGCCUACGGCGACUCAACCCUAGCCAAAACCAUGCCAUUUGGGAGGCGCUGAACUGCCCGUUUACGCUCAUCCAAGGGCCACCAGGGACUGGGAAGACUGUAGUCGGUUUUCACAUCGUUUACUGGUUCCACCAGCUGAAUCAGGAGCGAAAAGAGGACCCCAUCCAGGAGAGCAAAGAGAAAGGCUCCGCCCAGGAGAGUAAAGAGAGCGAAUUCACCCUGGACGACCCGGACAAAGCACGGAACCACAUUCUGUACUGCGGGCCCUCGAACAAGUCUGUUGACGUUGUUGCUGAGAUGCUGUUGAAGAGGAAAGAGUUGAGGCCCCUAAGGGUAUAUGGAGAGAGUGUAGAAACUAUGGAUUAUCCCUACCCUGGGUGUAGCUUGCAUAUCUCUCGGAAAGCAACGCGGGACUUAAAAUCCAAGCCAGAAAUCAGGGAUAUCACUUUGCACCAUCGGAUCCGACAACACACAAAUCCUCUUGGACCAGAAAUCUGCGCGUUUGAUGCACGUGUGAAAAACAGAGAGGCGAUCACAGAGGAGGAGAUUCAGAAGUACAAACGUCUUCUCGCCGCAGCCCGCAGAUAUGAGCUGCAGCACCACGACGUCAUCCUCUGCACAUGUUGUGCCUCCUGUGCCAACUACAUGACCAGCACUUUGUGCGUCAGGCAGGUGCUGGUCGACGAAUGCGCCAUGUCUACCGAGCCGGAGACACUCAUCCCACUCGUUAGCUUUAAGAACGUGGAGAAGGUGGUCCUGCUGGGGGAUCAUAAACAGCUGCGGCCCGUUGUCCACAACGAGUACUGCAAGACUUUGGGACUGGAGACCUCCCUCUUUGAGCGGUACAAAGAUCAGGCCUUGAUGUUAGACAUCCAGUAUCGCAUGCACAGAGAGAUCUGCCGGUUCCCAUCCAUCACGUUUUAUGGCGGCAGACUGAAGACUGGCCCCGACCUCGUCCGGCAGCCCAGCGUUCUCUUCCACAAUGGUAACAACUGCUGCGCCAUAAUCUUCGGCCACAUUGAAGGAAAAGAGAAGAGCCUCAUGGUCUCGACAGAGGACGGGAACGAGAACUCCAGGGCCAACCUCGAAGAAGCAGAGCAGGUGGUGAGGAUAACAAAACAGUUGACUCUGGACGGGACCACCAAACCUGCGCACAUUGCUGUCCUAACCCCUUACAACGCCCAGGUAGUCGAGAUCAAGAAACUGCUUUCCAAAGAGAGGCUGCAAGACGUGACUGUCUGCACCAUCAUGAAAAGUCAAGGCAACGAAUGGAAGUAUGUGAUCGUGUCCACCGUACGGUCCUGCUCCCGGUCAGCUAUUGACGAAAGGCCCACAAUAAGCUGGCAGAAGAAGUAUUUAGGGUUUGUGACCGACCCAAACCAGAUCAACGUCUGCAUCACCCGGGCACAGGAGGGGCUCUGCAUUAUUGGCAACCGUCACCUCCUCGAAAGCAACCCCUUGUGGCGAAGACUUGUGCAACAUUACCGGGCCCAGAGAUGUCUCACCUUCGCAACCGCAAUCCAAGUUCGGAAGAAGCUGGCUGCUCGCAGAUGAGGACGCAGUGCCGACUGGGCAAACCCUAGCACAUUCCUAAUGUUCCUUGUCUUGCUUUCUUGGCCUCUUUCUACCUUUUUAAAGAACACCCAAGAACUGCUGUGGUGCACCACCUAAAUCUGUUAUGGCAGUGUGCUGUGAGCAGCCUCACACAAAGAACUUUGAACCUGAAUUUGGGGACCAUGCCACGUAGAUGGUGUGCCGCCAGUGGUCCAGGUAGCAUUAUGUAGCACCACAUGCGAGGGCUGGGGAGCAUUGAUUCAGGCUUCCUUUCCUUUCUUACUAGUGCUUCCUGCUGGAGUACACCAGUGGCAAAACCACUGCAAAGCACUGGGAACUACAUCUGCACUGUACAGUGGCAACCACUGUAUUAUGAGAUUUAAUUAUGAGAUUUGAUGAAUUCCUUUUCUUACAUUCCUCUUUAUGUUUCUGGAUGCAUCCUUUCUAGAAGAAAAAUAUUCACAUGUGGAGGCCAAAGUUUUGGGGUGUUUUGUGGAAUUCCCAGCCUGGCAUUCAGGGAAAAUACAUCUUAACUUAGCUUGGGUUUGUUGACCAAAAGGACAUCUUGAGAAACUAAAUGAUGGCCUGCGAAGGACAUUUAGGAGAAUACCAGCUAUGGCGGAACCAAAGGCUUGAAGCUGAUUUUAUCCCAUUCUUGAAGCUGAUUUUAUCCCAUGCUUGAAGCUGAUUUUAUCCCAUGGAUCCUGUCUCAUUCUAUAGUGGAAGACGCGCACAUGGCAUAUGAAGCAUGAACAUUUUCCAGCACGGCGCUGAAAAGUCUAUAAAGGAGACUUAGCCAUAGAUGAGUUUAUUUUUAUAUAAGAAGACUGUUUUUAUCUUUUAAACGAGGGUUAUCUUGGCCAUGGAAUGUAAAUGGUUCAGGGUAGCCUCAGUCCAAGGAAUAUUUUCUACUUUUUAAAAAAUAUUUUUAAAAGGUGUCAUUCUGAACUUUUAUUUGAAAGCGUUUCCAUUUGGCAAGGAUAUAUUGUGGGUUUGUUCUUUUAAAAGACAAUUGUGGCUUGAGCACCAGGUUUGCUUCUCCAAAGAGAGAUUGGGUUGGCUUGAAGCAAGCCAACCUUUUCUCUCGUGGUGAUCCCUGAGUUGGUUAUGGUGACCGUUACCCCCCUCUACAGAUUACGGGAGCAGAAGAAGAUUACACAUGGGCCUACACGGCUGCUAGUGUAUAAGCUGAGAUGGUGAUUUUCAGCCCAUGAGUCAAGAACCUCUAGUGGGUCAUGAACCCCAUAGAUGAGCCUGAGAGCGGGACCACAAGUGACGCCUGACACAGGUUGGACACUUGUCGGCUCCCCUCAAGUUUUGAUGGGAAAUGUAGGCGUCCUGGUCUUGCAGCUUGGCUCUCCGACUGCUGUCCAACGGACUUUUCAACUGUCACUUGUCCAACAUUCCGCCAAGCUGCCUACAUUUCCCAUCAAAACUUGAGGGAAGCUGGCAAGUGUCCAACCUGUGUCAGACAUCACUUGUGGUUCCGCUCUGAGGCAUGGCUUGCAUUUCCUGCCUUGAGAUUGCUUGGUGUGCUAUCCAUGGUCCUGGUUUGUCUCUGCCUCUUCCUGUGCUGCGCCUCUGCUGUCAUGUGACUUCCUGUCAUGUGUUUGAAGCCCUGCAUUGCUGCUUGGAGGGUGUGGGUGAAAGAUAGGUCCUAGUUCUGGGAAAAUUGAGGUCCGCUGACCCGGUAUAACCAGCACUGGCUAUCUGGAUAUCAAAAUAGUAAAGAGUCCAGUAGCACCUUUAAGACUAACCAGCUUGAUUGAAGCAUAAGCUUUCGAGAAUCACAGCUCCCUUCAUCAGAUGCAACUUUAUUGUAGCAUAAACUUUCGAGAAUCACAGCUCUCUUUGUCAGAUGCAACAUUAUUGUAGCAUAAGCUUUCGAGAAUCACAGUUCUUUUUGUCAGAUGUGAUUCUCGAAAGCUUAUGCUACAAUAAAGUUGGUUAGUCUUAAAGGUGCCACUGGACUCUUUACUAUUUUGCGACUAAAGACUAACACGGCUAAUUCUGGAUCUAUCUGGGUAUCGACACCUUUGUUAGUUGUGGUUUAUAGUCUCCUGUGCUACAGGCUUUUGUGUCCAGGACAGCGGAUCUGUGUGGAUUGCACUGUUUCUAUGUGGGUUGUGAGCCGCACUGGCAUGCACCUGAAAUAUUGGAGACAAGGGGAGGCGCACGUGUGGUCUCAUUCUGCUCUGAGUAUACUAAGUGCUUGUCUAAUAUUGCUUCAUGAAAUUCAGUGAUUGGAAUUUCCAGAGAUCCGGUGUGUGUUUGUGUGUGUCAAUUCUUAGCUUCUUCCUAGCCCAGAUGCUAGAUUCAGUACACAGUAAUCCAUGACAUAUCCAUUUAAAACUACGAGGACCACAAGGGCAAAUUGAGCCAAAUGUUUGCACUAAGACAAUGCUGCUGAACAUUUUCCUAGGAGCAUGGGAACACGCGAGAAGGAGGCUGGCAACUGUGGUCUUACUGCGACUCUGCGUCGACGGCUUUGUGCAGAUUUAUACUUUUGUAGCUGCUUUUUCGUAGCAUUUGGGAGGGGAGGGGGCAGAAGCAUCUCAGAAUCCCAGCCUCAGUUUUAGGCGUGCUUAAUUUUAGUGCAAUAGGGAGCGUACUGUGAAAACUAGAAAAUGUGUGUCUUUUUCUUUGGGCUGGGGUUUUCCUCCCUGGAAAUCGAAACUUAUUAUCAAGGAUCUUGAACAAGACAAGGCAAUUCUUUUCCACUGUUCUACCUCAGUGUUUUUAAGUAUGGCAGUGCUGCGUACUUGGUCCUUUUUCAAGAUUUGCUGCCCCCCCCGCCCCCCAAUACUUGUGUCACUUUGCUGUGGGACGUAUUUUGGGCAGCAGAGAUGACUCUGUUGUUUAAGUCUCUGUGCUCUCUGUUUAAACACCAGCGAAACUCUUGGGUCUGCAGGUCAGGCGCCUGCAAUUUUUUUAUUCGCCCUUCUACCAAAGCAUGCCUACUCUGUAAACCAUGUGUAUCCCUAAAAAAAUUAGUUAGAAGCAGCUUUUUUAAAGUUUCCUGGCCUGGUUGCCUGGAGUUGAGCAUUACUCACCGUAAGCGAACAGGCAAUAGAAUUUUCAGAAUUGUGUGAUAUGAAAAAUGGCCCCAGCCACACUGUAGUUUCAGGACCCAGGGCUUGCAAUUAACCUUUCCUUUUUAGAGAGUCUGUUGAUAUUGAAAUAGCCAUGUUCUCAGAUGCUGCCUUCUCCGGUGUACUCAUUCUUCUAAACAAAAGACUUGUUCAAUGUAGAAAUGUAAACCUGUUAUUUUAUAAAAGACAUGUAAAGGCAGGGGCAAUUUUCAAAGCUAUUUUUAGUGCAAUAACGUUCAGAUGCAAAUGACGAGCACGGCCAAGCAGGGAGUUCUCCUGUUUGAAGGAGACCCUGCUCUUGUGUAGGCCCACGAAAGAUCACACAGCUGGAGCAUACUGAAAAUGUUGAUUGUGUAUGAAACGGACUAAAGAUUUUGGACUGUAAUUGGUUGUGUGUCUUUUUUUUUAAAGCUGUCAUUAAUCAUGGAUUUUGAUUCUCUGCAUUUUAGCUUUGGUUUUUGGGAUAGAUAUACUGGUGGUUUAAAAAAAAAUGAAUUCAUACGUAAGCUGCUUUGGCUGGACCAAGGUGGGGGGGGGGCUGAUUCGUUAAGAGGAUUAUAGCUACCAUCCCUGAGCAGUGCAGAAGGUAGGAGAUUUGGACACUUUGUCCGAGGGAGGGGGGCAGAGGUGAUGACAAUAAGGUUGCCAGCUCCAGGUUGGGAAAUUCCUGGAGAUUUGGGGGUGGAGCCUGGAAAGGGUGGGGUUUGGGUAGGGGAAGGACUUCAGCUGAGUAUAAUGCUGUAGUGUCCACCUUCCAAAGAAGCCAUUUUCUCCAGGGGAACUGAUCUCAGUGGCCUGGAGAUCAGCUGUAAUUCCGGGAGAUCUCCAGCCACCACCUGGAGGCUGGCAACCCUAGGUGACAAAGAUACUGGGUGAUUAUUUCCUUCGGCAACACUCCGGGGUGGUAGCUGUAGCUCUCCCAGUGAAACCCCAUGUGAACUGCCUCUGUUAGAACCUCUUUUAUGAGCCAACAUACAGGAGAGGCGUUUGGUUUUAAAUUAAGUUUUGUAUAGAUUGUAUAAAUCAUGACUUCUUGUAUUCUAUUUUUUCAAUGUUUCUAUGAAUCUCAACAUUCCUCUUCAAUUAAGAAUGGUAAAGAUGAUCGUAUUGCACAAAAUAAAAAUCUUUUAUGGUGAUAUUAA